AGUACGUCGUGGAGACACGCGCAAUGAUAGCCGGAAGCAUCGAUAGGGUGAGACUAUAAUUCCAUGAAAUUCACUGUAUUUCGUAAGUGCAAAGCUUUCACUGUCUUUCUUUUUCACGAAAGUUAGCUCGAUAAAAUACUACAGACCUCUCGACGUGGCGGUGGAGAAAAUGCUGUGGGGAAGGCAGUUCCUUUUUUCGACUUAGUUACUCGGUGGGGUUUGAGCUGACGUGGGGAGAAGUUCGAGAUGCCAGAAAAGAGCAGAUAAACAAACAGCCAGCGGAUUAAUCAACUGAGCGACUGUCCGAACGGGGGCUAAGCAGGGGACACGGGGGAAAUAUCAACGAGACCAAUUCGUCGCUAGAGUUUUGGACCCAAGAAUGUCUCCAAUAAUUUUCUAACGUUGUUGUUUAUCCCCAUGCCAAGUGCCAGCAGUGGCACAAAGAAGAAAAAUACCACGCGAGGAGAGAAAUUUUUUCCCCAAUGUGUUCCUGUCCAGCUUGUCAAGAUAGAACACUUCUGUCAAUAUGAAACUUGACAUGAUUUGACUGUAUGCUUCACCAGUUACAAACUAAAUAGCUUGCUAUAUCCCAUUGAAAACAGUACAAGAUAGUACAAACACUGCGUGGAUAUAGAAGUGGGAUAGCCAUGGCCCACCAUUCGACGCCCAGUUCCCAGAAGGCCCUGAUGAUGGAGCUGAAGUCCCUGCAGGAGCAGCCAGUGGAGGGCUUCCGCAUCGGCCUGGUGGAGGAGUCGGACCUUUACAACUGGGAGGUGGCCAUCUUUGGCCCCCCCAACACACUGUACGAGGGAGGCUAUUUUAAGUCUCACAUCAAGUUCCCCAUCGACUACCCCUACUCCCCUCCGACCUUCCGUUUUCUCACCAAGAUGUGGCAUCCCAACAUCUACGAGAAUGGCGACGUGUGCAUCUCCAUCCUCCACCCUCCCGUUGAUGACCCCCAGAGCGGGGAGCUCCCCUCAGAGAGGUGGAACCCCACCCAGAACAUCAGGACCAUCUUGUUGAGUGUGAUCUCUCUGCUGAACGAGCCCAACACAUUUUCACCGGCCAACGUGGAUGCCUCCGUUAUGUUCCGCAAGUGGAGGGACAGCAAGGGCAAGGACAAAGAAUACGCUGAAAUUAUCAGGAAGCAGGUGGUGUCCACUGUGGCAGAGGCGGAACGCGACGGUGUCAAGGUUCCCACUACGCUGGCUGAGUACUGCGUUCAGACUCGGGUUCCCUCCCAAGACAGCAGCUCAGACCUGCUCUACGAUGACCUCUAUGACGAUGAUAUGGAGGAGGAAGAGGAGGAUGAAGACGAGGAGAGCGACAUGGAGUCGGGAGGAGAGGCAGGGGGGACCAGUGGAGGAGAAGGAGGGGUCACUACUGGCUGCUAUGACGACGACCAGGAGGAUUCUGGAAACGAGGACUCAUGAUGAUGAACGCCCCAAAUUGACGCCCCACUCCCUACCACAUCCGAUCCUAGCUCCCUCCUGAUCCUGUUAAGCCUGGAUCAUCACCUAAAACAAAUACUUGUACAUCUGGUACAUUGAUAGUAAAUUAAUAACUGGAGAAAUUAGUAGAUUCCAAAUACAGGCGUGGUCGACCGCAAAAUAAAACAAAAAUAUCUCCAAAUAUAAUUUGUCUAGUUGAGAGCAGUCGGAAUUUGUCCUUUUGAUAUUUGACUUGACCGCAUGGUUUUGGUUUCCUUAUUCGAUGGUCACAUAGUCAAAGCAUGCCUCCCUCGUCUGAUGGAUUGAUAGAAAGCAGACAGUUGAUGAUGAACACAAACAAACAGCCGAGCCCACAGGAGUUUGUUUUGUUGCGAGAUGUGCAGAUAUCUGCUUUUUGGAGAGGAUCAAGUGUAAUGUCUGUUCAUACCAGUUUAAUAUCCAAUUGGAAUUUAUGAACAAGGAGUCGGAAAAGGGGCUUGCUACAUGUAACGACCCAGUAUUGCAGUGCAUCUGGGAACGGAGCACACAGAAAAAGAUGCAGCUGAAUGGAAUGUGUGCUACUGCGGUUGCUAUUGUUUCUGUUCAACUGUCUGCGUUUUAUCAUGUCACUAGACGCGUUUGCUUUAAGUAUGUUCCGGGCUUAAGUAUUUAAUUUUCUAACCAAAUUCUCAGAACCCAGACACCUCUUGGCCCAUUCACACCCUGGUAGUCUUUCAUAUUCAAGUGUAAGCUGGUUGGCUUUCUGUCUGGAUGGCUGAAAUUUGGUAUUUUUGUUAGCCUGGCAGGCUGUGUUGCUCAGUCAAUGUGCCCCUCUUUCUGUCUCGGGCUUGUCUCACCCUCGUUGUCAGCCAGCCAGCCUCAGUCGUUAUGUCUGUUUGACAAACACCCAAAUCUACAGACAAACUGCCCUGACUGACCCCACUUUCACCCCACACCUUCUUUCACCUCUGACCUCUCCAGAGCUGGGGUGUGUUCAUUAGGAACCAAACGGCAGAAAACAGACAAACGGGGAAGGACUACCACUUGUUUUUGUUUUCCGUUGCAAAACAGUUUGCUACGGUGUUCCCUAAUGAGUACAACCCUGUAUAUGGCACUAGGAGGAAGUGCUGUCUCGGACAUGGAACCAAAGGAGUUCAUUCUCCUCUCCCGCCCUCCCUCCCUCUCUAUCCAUCCUUUCCCUGCCUCCAAACCUCAGGGCCUCCAUAGACUCUCACUGGGAGAAAACCAGGGAUGUAGUGGAGGACAAACGCACCUUAACACCGUCUACGCAACCAUAUGUUAUGAAAAGUGUUCCUGCGCCUAUUACGCUAAAUUAGCGUUGUUAGCGUCCGCAUCAUUCAUUCAUUCAGCGUUUACCCACCUUAUUUCUUUAAUACUACAUCCCUGGAGAGCGCUCACACUCAAACUGCUCCUCAGCUUGAGCUUGGUAUUGUUUUAAAGGGUGUGUUUUUUUGCAGGGGGGGGGUGUUUUCAGAGGGAAAUCCAGAUCUCCAACACCAUCGGUCCCCAUGUCUCCUACCUUUUUUCCCUUCCAACCUCUUUGUGAGUUAGUCAGAGUAGUUUGGUGGGAGGAGCUAUAGGAGGAUGGGCUCAUUGUUCUUGCUGCAAUGGGAUAAAUGGACCAGAUUCAAACAUGUGGCUUCCAUAUAUUUGAUGUGUUUGGAGAAGCUAUAGAGCCCGUCCUCUAUAGCUUCUCCCACAAGCCUCCUCUGGAUUCAGUGUGUUUUUUUGUGUGUUUUUUCUCAUCGCCACCCAUUUCUGUGUGUUGCCCUCUUCCAUUGGCCAUGCUUUACAAAACUACACCAGAAAAGGCUUCUCAUCAUACAUGCUUGAUAUGCUUUCUUGGAAUUAGCGCAAACUCCUGGAAUUCUAGUUAGCAAGCCAGUUAGGUGGUCAAAAUGGAAAGUGAAGUUAAAUGAGUGGGAUUCUGUAUUUUAAUCAACUAUUUACACAUGCCAAGAGGCAUUAGCCAUUGUUUGUUAGUUAGCACAUAUAGCUAAAAGAGCACAUUUAGUUGUCCUCAACAUUUAUCAGCUAUGACUUGAGCACAUGCCACAUUGGUGAUUCAGAGCUACAUGGGCACUAUUGCAUUUUGUGUGUGAAAAAGGAUGUUUCUUGAAACUCUGCUGCAAAUACUUUGGCUAAGGAACAGCAUAGGCCCUAUGUAGUAAUGUUGAAGUUGUGUAAGUGGGGCAAAGUCAGUCAGGCCAACCCAUCAACUGUGCUCAUUAGGCCUGCAGUUUUCAUAUGGGUGCGUGUGUGUUUUAUCAUUACCUGUUUAAAGGAACACAGGACCCGUUACACCUUUCACUCACGUGGAGGUGCUGGCCUGGAUUGUAUGCCAAGGAGAUUACGUUUCAUCACCGCUUCCAGUGACACUACAAUCAAUCAGUUAUAGAUGGGUGUGGAGUAUUCCUUUUCUGUUUGUAAUAGGGAGAGACUUGACUAUUCAGUCUGAGGAAGACUAACAGAAUCAAAAUGAGAACUUUCCUCCUACCUUGCUCUGUUGAACUGGGGCUGGCGUCAAGUCAAAAAUGAGUUGACCGAUGGAUCACAUGGAUUGUUCUUCUCCUCAGCCACUGGCUGUUCAGGGAUGUGAUGUCAAUGACCUGGGUGAGCCAUGUCUCAAUACUCUAAAAUGACUUCCUCUCUUCAACCCCCUUUUAUUCAUGAUCACUGAUCGGUGAAAGGAGUGGAUGCAUUUCCACCAUAUUGCUUUUUCCCCCCCAACCUGCCAUGUUCUUUCAGAUCUGUGGUAAUAAAGAGGGCAAGGAGAAGAGGGAAGGAAGCCAUUGAAGAGUCCUGAGAUGCAGCCGGGGGUACUGUCUCAUGCUCGCUGACAUUUUGCCUUGUGUGUAUUAACUAGUAGGAGACUGUUGGAACAAUGUUUACCUGGUUGAAAUGACACUUGACUAGAAGGACCACAUGCUAAGCUGUCAGACUCAGUGUUGCAAAGGUGGAGAGCAGUGGACAAUUUUUUCUCAUGUAUUGUGUGGGUAAGUGUGUGUGUGGUGAUUUUUAUUUUAUUCUUUUUUAAAGGAGAUUUUCCCUCUGAGGCUGAAAAUGGUCUCAUUUGGACAAAAAUCAACUGUCACAGCCAGUGAUGUGGACAAUGCAGUCCUCCUUUUUAAUUUCAUUUUCUCUACCUUUUGUGUUGAGGAUGCAAAUGUCACCUAUAACAUGUAUAUUAUAAAAUGUUGAAUGGACAGGAUUGUCUGAAAUGUCUUCAAAUGUUCAUUUAUUAUCUGUUGUGAAUGAUGACAUUUGUUUCCUAGAAAGCAUCAGCUGCUGUACUUUGACAUGGAAAAACUGGGAAUGACAAAUUGUUUUUCAAAGCAGGUAGUAACUGUUGUAAAGACACUGGGCCCUGUUUGAGUAGUUUUCAAAUGAGUCCUUGAACCAUUACUGAAUCAUCAUGAUUGUGUAGGUGAAAACCGGGGUUACACUACAUACUAAAACACUGAUCUGACAUGAGAUUGUAUCCUCAUCUUGAAAGUAUCCAAACACUGACCCAGUUUCUCACUGAAUUUACCACAACUGUGCAACACAAUUCUCCUGCCCUUUUUUAAUAAAAUUCCUAAUUAAAAUGG